AUGUCGUGUCUGUGUGACUCUGCCGUCCCGCCAACAUGUUUGUCCGGUAUCCAUGACGACGGCAUGCUGCUCUUACCCAGAAGGCCGCGGGGCGAGGGCAGUCUGAGGCGCCGCCUGCUGAACGCCCGCGUGCACCAGUAUGCGCACGCCACCGUCCCGGCCAAUCACAGCGAAGCGUGGGGACCAGACCAGAAAGUAAAGACUCCCCAGCCCCACCCACUUCAGAAGAACCAGGAAGUGCUGCUGCAAGCCCCGCCCCCUCAGUUCAAAUACAAACGGUCGCCGCGACGAAGUUGGUUCAAACGCAAGAAGAGAGAAGCCACGCCUACAACGCCACUGCUGCUCGACGGCGACUUGGACAGGAAGUGGUCUGCCCACUACACUACCAAGAAGCCCUUGCACGGCCUGCUGUUCCUGCCCUCCACCAGGAGAGGCAGUGAGGAGACAGUGCUGCAUUAUGGCUCUGCCCCUGUCGCCUCUGGCUCCAGAAUGCACCAAUCAGAGCGCAGCAGGGGUUUUGAAUGGCAGCAGAGAAGCAGGAAGUUGAGGUGCCGUCUGUCGGACUGUUUGUCUCAGUCCUGUUGUGCAGUCCUGUGGAACCAUCAGUCUUCAUUGGACUCCGAUGAUGACGAGCAGCUGGUGGUGGGCAGUACUCGACCUAUGACCCCACUGGUGCUGACUUACUGUUGGGACGGGCCAGCUUCCUGUGAGGAAGGCGGGACUUCCUGUUCAGUGGGCAGGACUUCCGGUGGGCUGCCGACACCAGAGGAAGUGACGUGGAGACAUUCCCAGAGCGUCAUGGCCGAUAUCGUAGCCAUUGACAUCACAGGUCAGUGUUUUGAGCGCCAGGCUGUGUCCCGGUCUAUGUCCCAGAGAGACCUCCAGAGACCAGGUCUGAAAUGGGCCGAACCAGGUCUGGUACAGGACCACAGCAGAGACCCAGUGAAUACAGACCAGUCCUCAGACCUAGUCCAGUCCUCAGACCUGGUCCAAUCCUCAGACUUGGUCCAGUUCUCAGAGCGGACAGUUACGCGUCGGAUCCGCGCGCCGAGGAGGGAAUUGACCAGUUUGAUGGACGCACUCACCUCCUCCACCUCCAGGGGGCACUGCCCCUCCCCCCCACACACACAGGGGGACGGGGACUCCCUCUGCUCCUCCUCUGACUCCUGGAGCUCCCUCAGCCUGUCCCCCAGCUGCAGCCUGCAGUCUGCCCAGAGCUGUGACCUCCUCCACACCUCCUCUGUCCUGGAGAACCAGGACCUCCUCUACAGCUCCUCAAACCACCAUCCCUCCCAAAGCUCACUGGAUUAUGAGGAGAUCUCACCCUGCUUCUGUCAAACGGCUUCUCCUCUGAACGCCCAUCCCACAAACUCCCCCUGCUCUGAGGCCUCCUCAGAUGUGUCCCUCAACGUUGAGCAGCCGUGUCCAGAGACAGGAGACCAGAGGGAGGUGCGGUCCUCUCUGUCCUACGCCUCAUUGUGUUCAGACAGAAGCUUCAGCUCCUCCUCCAUCUCCUCCUCAGUGUCCUCCAUGUCUAGGACCAUUUCACUGAGGAAGUCCAAGCGACCUCCAGCUCCCCCUGUGAGAGAGGAGUCACUAAGGAGGAAAGCCAAACCACCACGGGCCAGUCUGCAGAGGAAGAGAGAAGAGGAGGAGAGGAGCAGAGAGGAGGAGCAGAGCAGCAGAGGGGAACAGAGGAGCUCAGCAGAGGUGAACCAGAGGAGGAGAGCCAAACCACCACGCCUCAGUCUGCAGAGGAGGAGAGAGGAGGAGGAGGGGAGGAGAGAGGAGGAGGACUUUGGAGAUCCCUGGGUUCCGAGGAGGAAGAGGAGACAGAGUGGAGUCAUCUGUGGCUCAACAACAACGUUUGAUCCAAAAGACAGAAGUACUCCAGUGAUGAUCUGUGAACCGUUAGUGUCGCCCUCUAGUGGCUACUGCAGUCAGUCACCGCCCACCUCCCCUUCUUCCCCCCUCAAAAAGCCUAUCCCCCCUACACCCCCACCCCUCCCCAUUAACCCUCCUCCCCUUAGAUCCAAGUCCAGACCCCGGUCCAGACCCGGGUCUGGACCAAAACCGACCCCGCCAAAGCGCACAACCUCGCUGUCAAUCGAGCAGCUGCCAACCCCGCCUUCUCCGCCACCACUUCCUGUUAGCACCGCUGCGACAUACGUAAAUACUCAGAAGGUCGCCAUGUUAUCUCCACUUCCAAAUUCUCCCAACCGGAUUUGUGAUGCGCCUCCAAAAGCAGCUAACGACAGGACUCCCACAUCUGCAGACAAUUCUCCCCAUCCUCCCCCACCAAUACUGCCGCUCCUCCCUCCUCCCCCACUUCCUGUCUCCAACCCAAUCCAUAACACACCCAAAAAUUACCCUCAGAAUCCAAACAAGCCUCCUCCAGCUCACUUCACUCCGAGAUUCAAAAUGGCCGUCAGAGCCCUGCCUCCUAAGAUGCCCGCUGAGGCGUCGUCUCCCUUUGUCACAACUCAGGAUUUGAAGAACGUCAAACUGCGGUCUGUGAAAAGACAAGACUUCACCAGAACCAACUCUCUGCCGGAGAUGAACACCACUGAAGCCAAGUGUGACAAGGGUGACAACGGUGAGCUGGAGCAGCAGAAGGCCACCUCCACUUCCAUCAUCAACGAGACUAGUCUGAACCACAGAAACCAGAGUCUAAGCGAGGAGGAGCUGGAGGAGGAGGAAGCAAAGGUUCUGGAGGAAGCAAAGAAGCUGGAGGAGGAGAAGGAGCCGAAGGAGGAGCUGGAGGACGUCUGUGGAAUCAACAGCAAAGAUCCAGUGGCGCAACAGUCUGAUGAAGACUCUGUCAAAGAUCCAGAAGGUCAGGUCUUCAGUCCAAAUGCAGCUGGAGAAAUGGAUGGACUUGAGUUGGAGCUUUGUAAGACUCAAAAAGAGGCAGAAACAGAAGCCGAAAUCGUAAACAUCUUGAGAGAUUUGGACGAAACCAUCGAUGAGUCCACAGAAGAUGUUUGGACAGAUGAAGGUCCUGCUGAAGACCUGGUUCUUCUGGAGGAGACGCCUCUCGCCGCUGAAGUGCGAGGCUCAAAGGUUCGGGAGCAGAAAGCACAGAUCUUCAACCUCAAACAGUACAAGCUGCAGACGACAGAGAUGUUCUUCAGAUCUCAAGACCAGGGUCCAGACCAGAAGAUACUUUUCAGAGACAGGAACCAGAAGUAUCUGGACAUGUACGCAGUGUUAGCAGACAGCACCGCACCUCCACUGGACCAGAAGACCAAGCUGAAGAUGGAGUUGAGGGAGCCACAGAAAGUGCAUCUACAGGAAGUGCAGCCGCAGGAAGUGCAUCUACAGGAAGUGCAUCUACAGGAAGUGCAGCUGCAGGAAGUGCAGCCACAGGAAGUGCAGCCACAGGAAGUGCAACUACAAGAAAUGCAGCUACAAGAAGUGCACCAGUCAGAACGUUCUGAAACAAAGAAACUGAUCCGAGUGAAACCUGUGCUGCCCAAGAAACCAGAGUUGGGGAUUCUGAGACUGUUGGACCGAAGACCACAGAACACUCCAGAAGAGCUUCCAAUGAUCUCACAAACAAGAGCAGACAUGACAACACACACAGGAGAAGCUGAAGUUAGCGCACAUGUUAGCACAGCAGAAGCUAUUAUUAGCGCACAGACCGGACAGAGCUGGAGAUGUGAAAAUGCUCCCAACUCCUGGAUGGAAAACCUGGAAGACCUGAGCUCACGAGGAAGACAUGCGACCUGCGACAGCGUGUGGCGGCGCAGAGACGCAGGUCUUCAGUACGAGGAACAUGAGCUGAGUGGGCGGAGUUUCAGUGGACACGAGCCGAGUGGGCGGAGCUUCACAGAAACAGCUGUGUUAAAGUGGGAAUUGGUAGAAGAGCAGAGGAUUAUGGGAGUGAGAGAAGAAGAGGAGGUCUGGAGCAGGAGGGAGGAGGGAGUAAGGAGGACGAUGAUGAAACCGCCGCGUACAAAGCGCCUCAGGCCGAACACAAGUGAAAGAACACGGAUGUCAGAGGAAUCGAGCCACCUGAUUGGCCAGAGCGACCUGCCACUCAGCGGCGCAGUGUCCAGCCAAAGACUGAAGGGGGAGCUACUCAUACAGGAGCCAGGAGACAAUGUGUUUGACAAACUGUCGUCAGACCAGAUUUCGGAUCAGAUCCACAGAGACACAGACGAGCUCUUCAGAAUGAUACACAGCUCCGUGUGGGAGGGUCGUGUGUGA